CCCUAUUUGUGAUCCCCUACGUGCAUCGAUUGAGUGAGUGAGUGAGUGAGCAGUGCUUGUCUACAUCGACGACGAUCACAAGUGGAGGGACGGACACCCAACCACGGAAGCGCCACCUCUUUCCACUCUCUGUUUCCUUGCUGUUGCAACUCCUUUGCCCUGCUCCCCCUCUUCCCUAAGUAAAGCCGAGGGAGCAGGAUCAGCAAGUAUGGCCAACUCGAUCUGUUCCUCAUCAGGAGGAAGAGAUCCACUGCUCCAUCUCAUUGGUCAUCCGCUACCGGCUUGUAUAGACUCGCCUUGCACGAGUGGGAACUUGUUGAGCGGGAGUACGAAUGGUGUUGCAGGUGCAGAGGGCACAGAUGGAACAGCAGGGAGCACAAUCGACCUCUUUCUCCUCUCGCUUCAAAAGCCCAUUCUCCUCUUUCUCUUUCCCGGAGUAGGAGCAGGAGCAGUACAAGGUGAUACACCAUCGCUGUCGUCUUCUUCGUCUUCUAAUUGCAAGUCCAACCUACCAGCGCGAGCCUGCGUCUCGCACCUACUCUCCGUGCAGCGCUGCCUUGCCUCCCUUCGAGCUGCCGAACGAAAGACGACGGGUGGAGAGCUGGAGAUUUUUGGGAUGAGUACAGCGCCUCUGCGAGAGUUGGAGGAGUGGAAGGAGAGGCUGGGAGUUGAGUUCCACCUCUUGUCAGACUCCUCCCUGCGUUUUACACAGGCACUUGAGCUGCCUCUACUUGCUUCAUCGACUUCCUCGGCCUUGCCUUCCUCCCCUGCCCAGUCUCCAUCAGCGCCACGGCCGCUACUACAGCGUCUCACCCUCCUCUUGCGAGAGGGGCAGGUGGUGGGCAAGGACCUCCUGCCGAACGAGGAUGAGGCGGCCCGGGCUGGGGAGAGGGCAAUGCGCUUACUGGAGCCUCACACAUACGAGGAGGAGAGUGCGGUAUAGACUGAGGCAUUUCCGAGGGGGAGAGACCUGCUGAAGGCAAGUCCGGGUCAGGCAAGGGGGGAGGAUGUGUGGGCAAGUGUGGUGACAGGGACUCGAAACCUCUUCUGCCCUCGCUCGCUAUACAGUGUAUACCCAGCUCUGCGAGCAAUUUUCAACCACAUCAUCUUCCUAGCCGAGCCCUACAAAGGUCUUCCACACCUGCAAGCA